CCGGUUAAAAGUCAAUCGGUUGUGUCACGUUGUGAAAAAGCUUGAAAACUCCAAAGAGCUCGCACAAAAGAAACAGUGUCAGUAUCUCAAAUGUGACACAACUGGGUGGAGAGCAGCGAGAUGCGGAAAGAGACCGAGAAGGAGAAGUGGUACAGGAAGUGACUGAGGUCUCGGUUAAGUUAAGAAACGGUGAUGCUUGCUCAGAUGCACCGACUYUUCCACCAGCUGGAGCGGCGCAGCAGACAUUUUCUGCUCCAUCUUCUUCUCUGAGUUGCUCUGCGUUAGAUGGACAAUCUGGAGGGGGGCCUCGGAUCCAGUCUGCUGAGGAAGCUUUCCUCCAGGAAGUCUCACCAGCGCAACAACAGCCCUCAGCCUCCAGGGGACAACGAGCACGGGGCGAGCGGCGAUGACAGCAGCGCCGGGAGGCUUAGCCGCAGGCUGUCCCGUCUGGGCAGCAGACAUUCGUCCAGGGAACCUCCAAGACCUCCGGUUCAGCCGGAAAGGCCUCCUCCUCCACCUGUCCAGCAAGAUGAGAGGAUUCCACCACCAGCCCUCGUCCUGCCUUCAGCUCCGCCUCCAGCACCGGCUCCUUUCCCGCUUCCACUAGAUCGGCCGCCCAAGCGGCCCGACAAAUCCACCAAACCCAAGCUCCCGCCUCGGCCGCUCUCCAAGGUGUUCAGUAGUUACGAACACGGAUCGAAUGUGUUGCAGGGCUUCGAUAUUUUCCGAGGAGAUGAGACUCUGUGUGACGUCGUCCUGGUUCCUGGAGACGGCACCGAAGCUUUCCCAGUUCACAGAGUCAUCAUGGCUUCCUGCAGUGAUUAUUUUAAGGCAAUGUUCACAGGAGGCAUGAGAGAGCAGGAGAUGAGAGAGAUCAAGCUGCAUGGGGUCACCAAGGCGGGCUUAAAGAACAUCAUAGAGUUCAUUUACACAUCCAAAGUCAUCCUCGACAUGGGCAACCUCCAGGACACCCUGGAGGCUGCAAACUUCUUGCAGGUCAUGCCUGUUCUGAGCUUCUGCAACGAGCUUCUGAGCAGCGAGAUUACAAUCGAUAACUGUGUGGAAGUGGAGCGGAUUGCCACAGAUCUGCUCCUUGAGGAUGUUCUGGUGAAUAUUGGGAAGUUUGUGGGGCAGAACCUGACUCCGCUGGUGGACUCCGGCCGCUACUUGCAGCUCUCAGAGACCAGCAUCGCCAAUGCUCUGGCCAGCAACUCGCUGGGCGGUUUCUCAGAGCUGGAGCUCUACCACAUCGCCAAGGGGUGGCUGGAGCACGACCCUCCCUCGCGUCACUCCUCCGUCUACGCCCUUAUGCGCCACAUACGCUUCCCGCUAAUGAGCCCCAGUGAACUCAUUCAGAUCUCUCAGGACGAGGAGGAGGAGAGCGACUCCAUGAUGCGCUCUGACACCGCCUGCGUGAACCUGCUGCUGGAGGCCAGCAACUACCAGAUGAUGCCUUACAUGCAGCCGGCGCUGCAAACCGAGAGGACACAGAUUCGAUCGGACUCCACCCACAUCCUGGCGCUGGGCGGCGUGAUGCGGCAGCAGCUGGUGGUGAGCCGGGAGCUGAGGCUCUACGACGAGAACACUGGCCAUUGGAGGGCUCUGAGGCCCAUGGAGGUGCCACGUUAUCAACACGGCGUGGCUCUUCUGGGAGGCUUUCUCUUUAUUGUUGGAGGUCAGAGCACAUACGACACAAAGGGCAAGACUGCCAUAGACAGCGCCUAUCGCUACGACCCGCGCUUCGACAAAUGGCUUCAGAUUGCCUCUCUCAACGAGAAAAGGACCUUUUUCCACCUCAGCRCUCUGAAGGGGAAGCUGUUUGCCGUUGGAGGAAGGAACGCCUCUGGGGAAAUCGACACCGUGGAGUGCUACAACCUGAAGAAAAACGAGUGGACCUUUGUGACCAACAUGAUGGAACCUCAUUAUGGGCAUGCUGGGACCGUUCACGGGGGCCUCAUGUACAUCUCAGGUGGCAUCACCCGCGACACCUUCCAGAAGGAGCUGUGGUGCUACGACCCGGUCGCCGACUCGUGGAGCCGCCGGGCCGACAUGAUGGAGCUCCGCGGCCUACACUGCAUGUGCACGGUGGGGGACCGGCUCUACGUGAUGGGUGGCAACCACUUCCGGGGCAGCAGCGACUACGACGACGUGCUGGGCUGCGAGUACUACAGCCCGGACACGGACCAGUGGACGGUGGUGGCGCCGAUGCCCCGUGGCCAGAGCGACGUCGGCGUCACGGUCUUCAACGGCCAGAUCUACGUGGUCGGGGGUUACUCCUGGAACAGCAGGUGCAUGGUGGACAUCGUCCAGCGCUACGACCCGGAGCAGGACGCGUGGGACCGAGUAUUCAACGUGCUGGAGCCCCUGGGAGGGAUCCGGGCCUGCACGAUGACCGUUUACGUGCCGGAGGGGUCGGUGGACGAGGCCGAGAUACAAGAUUGCCCGUUACCCACGGCUAAGAACUGCUAGCCACAUGCAUCAGGCUGCUUUUGGGGGGUUUCCAGCUUACGCCAAAACAGGAAGCAGUGUGGGUUGUGACACAAUGGUUUCAUGUGCAAACAAAAGCUAGCGAGUGCAGCUUGACACACAUGUCGUAUUUCAGUUAUUUUCUGUCCUUCCCACAACCUGUUAGCCACGUAGCAUCUGCUUGUGUUCUCUCUGAAGACUCUGAAUAAAAACAUGGAGCUGCCUCGCCAGACACUGAAGACCUCUGCUUUGCAGGUGAACCUUCAGUCGAACCGAUUCAUCUAUUUCCCGGCACAAAGUCGUCAGAUUAAAGAUUAAUAAAUCGAGCGAGAGCUGUCUUUGUGGAAUGCGGCUCUGUUUUUCUCUCCAAGACCAGCAGCUCGAAGGACUGUACAGAUUUGCCAGACUUAAAAUAGAGAUUAUUGUGUGUGUGUUGUGUGCGUGUGUGCGUGUGUGCGUGCGUGCGUGCUGAAAGAAAAAAAAAGCCACAGAGAGGUUUACUUGUGUUUUUUUGAGUGGAACGUUUGUAGCUCAGUCAUGAGACAUCAGUCCCUGCCAUGGCUACAAAUACCACACAUCGUUAUCAUGUCGUAGCGUUGGAACUUCCUGUCCCCUCAUUAAUUAGGCCUGUGUGCAAAAUCCCUGCUUUCACACUUUGGACCUGUUGAACCGUCAGCUUUUGGCAAGCAAUGUUCAGCUAAGAAUGUGAGAAAAUCCGGACUUGCCGUUGCUUGAUGUGAACAUGAGGAGACGCGAACAAAGGCCUCAGCUGCCCUGCUGCAUUAAUCCCACUAGAUUACGCUCAGGGAGGGAAAGAGUCUUUCUAUUUACUAUCAACGGCGACAAGAGUUGAACUUAACAACGUGUGUUGACACGAGAUCGUCCUUAUCUAAAACCACGCUAACACACACGCACACACACUGACACUCCUGGCUGUCUGACGAUUUAACUACCCUUGAAUCUUUGUCCUUCACUUCCAGAUAAGACAGCAGACAGCUGUGAUUAUGGCUGCUAUGCCAAGGCCUUUUAGCUGCAAUGUUGAAAACCAGACUUCUACCUUGGAGCUGAAAAUCAAAAAAAAAAAAAGGAAUGGAAAAAGAAAAAGAGCUUGAUUGCCAUGGCAGAAGAAAUGGCCAAGGCUAAUUUGAUGGAGAGAGAGAAAGKAAGGAAGGAAAGAGUGAAAGAAGGACAGAAAGAAAGAAUGAAAGAGGAAAGAAAGAAGG